UGGCGCGCUCCGCCGCUUGUUAUUUCAGUAGUGAUUGCGGGCGCUAGACGUUCGCGCCUUCUUGUGUUUAUUCGUACACGUGACCCCACACGCCGGCGGACAUUCGAUCAUUUACAGAAACACGUCAUGGCGUCGAGUAUAUUGUUGCUAAGCGUGUGGAUGGCAGCAGCGAGCGGUGCACUGGAAGUGGUGAACCAAUGGAAUCACCUCCAGUUCGACUUCCCCCCGGACCCCGUGCUGCUGGAGAAGUUCCAGCCUGAGAACACGGUGCCCACAGGCCUGGAAAUAGGCUGGGACCGGCUCUAUAUUGGAAUACCGAGGCUACGGGCUGGUGUGCCCGCUACUCUAGCCUGGGUACCACGUAGCCUACCACCCGGUGUUAGCCCCGUUUUACAGGCUUACCCGGACUGGUCGUGGCACACUGCUGGCCGCGGCGACAUCAACUGCACAGGCCUAGUGUCUGUGUACCGCACGCGCGCCGACCGUUGCAACCGCCUUUGGGUCCUCGACUCCGGAGUAUUCACCAGUCUUGAUGAUUUCCGCCGCGUCUGCCCGCCCAAAAUACUAAUCUUCGAUAUGGCUACUGAUCGUUUGGUGCGCAGCGUGUACUUCCCGCGAGAGCUGCUGCGACCGAGCUCGCUGCUCACCAAUAUAGUGCUGGACGACACGCGUGCACCCAACCCCCAUCUCGCCGCCACCUGCGACCACAUCUUCGCCUACAUCAGCGACACUGUCACUCCAGGCAUAAUCGUGUACGACAGCCGUCGCGACAACGCAUGGAGAGUAACCCACGCGUCAAUGUACCCCGACCCUAACCUUGGCGAGAUUGACAUCACCGGCGAGAAGUUCACCCUCAUGGACGGCGUGGUCGGACUGGCGCAUUCCCCCGCACAGGGACUUUUGUACUACCAACCGCUUGCUACCGAUAGAUUAUUCAGCGUGUCAACAGCGGUGUUAUCUGCGGGCCCUCUAGCCGAAGGCGCCGACCUGCCAGUAAACCUCGUGGGCCGCAAAUCCUCGCAGGGACUUGGCGUGACCGUCGACCCGAGAGACGACACAAUCAUAUUCAGCCCGAUGACUGAAACAGCGAUCGUCGCUUGGAAUCCCAUCACUAAUUCACACAGGUUGUUGGCGCAGGAUUCAGAGAAGCUGCAGUUUUGUGCGGAAGUGCGGUGGGCGGAGCGCGACAACGGUGCCGUGUGGGCACUUUCAUCUAGAUUCCAGAAGUUCUUCUUGCGAACUAUCUCCAAACAUGAGAUCAACAUCAGGAUAGUGCGUGUGGUGGAUGGCGCCUAUGUGAGCCUACAGCCUCACGUGCUGCGUCGCGCCGCAACUCACUUUAACGCCACCUACUACUGAGUCGACAACACUAUCACACAGAGCCGUAUUAACCGUAUUCGGCGUCUACGAAAAUCUGUCUUAUGCUCCCAAACGUUCGCUGUUGACCCUUACAGCCGCAGGUUAAGACGGCCCUGCAUUUAAACUAUCCAUGUUUUAAAUAUACCUGUCACACAUAGGGCCUAACCAUAAAAAUCUUAGACAGUGUUCCAAUUCAAUUCAGCUUAAGCAUAUCUUAACCUUUUUAUCGCACGCUGAUA